AUGAAUAUUCCACUUCAAAUUGUUUGUUUGCUUGUUCUGAACAUCUCCAGUAACAAAUGUCAGCAAAGAUCACAUAUGCAAGAGCUGUAUCGCGACAUGGAGAUGAAAAGUAACCCUAGAAUCAGACCUGUGCAGCAGCAAACAACCACCACCAAUGUCUAUCUGAAAUAUUUUCUUUCGUCCAUAAACGGGUACACGGAGUCAUCCCAGACAUUGAGGAUCUCCGGUUACUUGGAACUACACUGGAAAGAUGAAUUCCUGACGUGGAAUGCCAGCCUUUAUGGCGGAGCGAACCAUAUUAAACCAGAUUUGAAAACUAUUUGGAAACCCGCCAUUGCCAUCAAGAAUGCUGUGGACUACAAAGAGAUGUAUUCUUCGGAGUACAAUCUGAAUCUGUUUAGUAAUGGAAGUGUUCUGUGGUACCCUGGAGAGGACUUCGAAACGUAUUGCUCUAUGGACGUGACCAUGUACCCAUUUGAUACCCAGACGUGCAGCAUUGAAUUCUUUAUCACGUAUGAUACCAUCUACCAUGUAAGUUUGUAUCCUCGGUCUGACUCAGUCUCUCUGGAUGCAUUUAUGAAAAGUAGCGAAUGGGAGGUGGUGAACACUACAGUUAUCCGAGAAAUACGUCUGUAUUCAAACUUUGAAUUUUCCUUUGUGGUGGUGUCUAUGACGAUGGACAGAAAGCCAUCCAAUUUGAUUUUGAGAGUUUUAUUUCCCGUCUUUAUACUCGCUUUUCUGAACGUAUUAGUUUUUUUUGUCCCUGUGGAAUCUGGUCAGAAGAUAUAUUUUGCAAUAAACUGUUUCCUCACAUACACUGUUCUCCUGGGUUCCGUUACGCAGACGUUACCUAAGUCUUCGGGUACGACGUCCAUACUUGCUGCUUUUGUCGGAGCCAUGUUUGUCAUAAACGCCAUCUAUGUUUUCCUAGCGGUUAUGUCCCUUCGUUUAUUCCACCGAGACGCCAGCAUCCACCCUGUGUCUAUGUGGUGCAGACGUUUUGUUCUCUUUUUCCAAUGGCGUGAAAAAAUAAAAAUGAAUUUAGAUGCAAACUCAGAAAACUGUCAGCCAAUAGGUGUGACACCAUCAUUAAGAGAAGUCACGUGGGAAAAUGUCAGCAGGACAUUGGAUAACAUUUGUUUAUGUGUAUUCGUGUUUGGUUUGUUGACGACUGUGUUUGUACUGAUUGCAUUUGUAUACGUGAAAUAA